AUGCUCAAUUUCCACAAACGCUACGGGAACAUCGUCCGCAUUGCACCGGACGAGCUCGCUUUCUCGCACCCAGAUGCAUGGAGGGAUAUUAUGGGCCACAAGAACGGCCAAGAAGCAGAAAUGGGUAAAGCUAUGUGGUUCUAUCGUCCCAUCGAGGAGGCUCCACACAUCGUCAACGAGACCCCUGAACAGCAUAAGAACUUACGUCGACAGAUGGCGCAUGGGUUCUCGGAGAAGGGUAUGAGAGAACAACAAUCCUUGAUUCGGAAAUAUGUCGAUCUACUCCUCAAGAAACUACAUGAGCAGAGUAAUAGGCCUGGAGGCAACCCAGUCGUUUUAUCCGAUUGGUACAAUUUCACCACCUUUGAUAUAAUCGGUGACUUGGCGUUUGGAGAGCCCUUUGGCUGUCUCUCAGGCAACAAUUAUGAUGGCUGGAUCAAGUCUAUAUUUGACAUGGCUUAUAUCGGCUCSAUUCUACAGGCUCUGUCGUUCUAUCCAUUACUUAAAAAGGCACUCCUGUCACUUAUGCCGAAGUCAGCUCAGGACGCUUAUGAGAAGCACAAAGUUCUCACCAAGGCUAAAAUGCAUCGUCGAAUGGCUAUUAAGGAGGAACGUCCGGAUCUUAUUGAAGGUCUUUUGAGGAAAAAGGAGGAAUUGAAUCUCGGCGUAGAACACCUCAUCGCAAACGCCGAAAUCCUGAUCAUUGGCGGCUCCGAGACAACAGCUACAUUACUCUGUGGCGCAACCUAUCUCAUAUUGACGAACCCAGAAGCUUACCACAAACUGGUACACGAAGUCCGCUCAACAUUCCACAGUCCAGACGAGAUCGACUUGAUCAGUGUCGGCCGCCUUACUUAUAUGCUAGCAUGUCUAGACGAAGCAUUGCGUAUGUAUCCACCCGUAGCUAACGGGUUGCCACGAGUUUGUCCAAAGGGCGGUGCUAGAGUUUUGGGGGAGUACAUUCCGGAGGAUACUUACGUUGCCAUUCAUCAAUGGGCGAUUUACCGGCGCGAAGAAUACUUCACAGACCCCAGUACAUACCAUCCCGAACGAUUCCUUGGAGACUCGAGAUUCUCAAAUGACCAGCGAGAGGCCUUCCAACCGUUCCACUUCGGUCCCAGAAACUGCAUUGGUCGAAACCUUGCAUACAGUGAAAUGCGUUUGAUCCUAGCUCUGAUCAUAUUCAAUUUUGAUAUGAAGCUUGCGGAUGAGAGCCGAGACUGGAUUAAGCAGAAGAAUUAUUUGACGUGGCAUAAGCCACAGUUGAAGGUGCAUUUGACGCCGAGGAAACUCGAUUUAUAA